AUGACGCCACGCUCUGCCAUCUAUUCUCCCCAGCUACCAGCCCAUCCUCAACGGCAGAGGCUGUCACUUCGCCCGUCCUCGCUGCGAGGCACAUCGACAACUCCGGCUCCUCCGAAUCCCGUAGAAGAGGACAGCCUCGACGGCCUCAACGAUGAUUCAUUGGAUGCAGACGCGUUGAACGAGGUUAUCAUGGCCCUUGAUAUGAAAGAAAACGGCAAUCUCGGGUGCGCUUACUACAUUGCUGCGGAUGAGGCGCUAUUCCUCCUCGAGGAUGUGGCAGCUGCUGGAGUUGAGAUUGUGGAAACCCUCCUGGUCCAUGCAAAGCCUACGACUGUCCUUACCCCAGCACGGACUUCACAGGCUUUGCUGAGUUUGCUGGCGAAGGGAUCAGACUCGGAAGAUGGAGAUGAUCACGAUCGAACCUGGCCAGCGGCAUAUAUUCUGCGUACGCUUAAGAGCACAGACUUUCGCUACGAGUCUGCGAGGGACAAGUUAUUGGACCUUCGAACCCAACAGGGCGAUCAUGCCAUAGUGCUCGUUUCUGUAGCCGACGAGCUUGGGGAUGAACACGGUAGAGAGCAAGGCUCGAUGCAGGGUUCCUUGUUGAGGCUGGGCACCUUUGUGAACCUUGAGAGUCGACUCACCAUCGGGUGUGCUGGUGCAGUGCUUGGAGAUAUCCAACGAAGGCGGACCGCGCAGUAUCUGCCAAAUGACCCCGAUGCCUUAGUUGCCUUUGCAAUAAGAUCGGUCGAGAUGUUCUCGCUUUUCGACUCCAUGUUCGUCAACGCAGAUACCUUGGUUUCCUUGCAGAUCCUGCAGUCAGAAUUUCACCCCAAUAAUCAGAUGCGUGGGCCCGACAAAUCGAAUGCUGGAGCCAAGGAGAGCCUCUCAGUAUACGGGCUUUUUCACUUUCUUGCAUGCACGCCGCAGGGGAAGUCAAAGUUGCGAAAGGUUUUCCUACGUCCGAGCCUAGAUAUAGACCUGAUUACAGCUCGACAACGGACGAUAUCCUUCUUCAUCCGGCCGGAACAUUCUGACGCUUUAGCAACACUAACCAAAGAUCUUCGAAAAAUCAGAAACAUGCGAACCUCUAUCGCUCAUCUCCAAAAGGGUGUCGAUACGCCCGGUCAACGGGCCACUGUAGCGAAUAAUGUGUGGGCUGCCAUUCAGCGCUUUGCACUUCAUACCUUGCAAAUUCAUGAGACCCUUGCUCAAAUGUCAGGCGCAGAGAAAAUUCCUAUAGUCAGAAAAGUCACAGAAUCCAUCUAUCCCGCCACACUUCGACUAGUUGGUGAGGUCAUCAGUCGGACUAUAGACUUUGAGCAGUCUAGAGAGCGACAACGAACCGCUGUGAAACAAGGCAUUGAUGCAAAUCUCGACGAAAUGAAACGAAGCUAUGAAGGCAUGGACAAUUUCUUGACAGAAGUCAACAACAGAUUGCGGAGUGAUAUACCCGAGUGGGCCCAGAAAUACGUUCAGGGUUGUGUCUUCUACCCUCAACUUGGGUUCCUCACGGUAGUGUCUCUAAACUCAGAUACUGGGAAGGCCAAUUACGAGGGAGAAGGCUUGAACGAUGUGUGGGAUCAUAUGUUCACCAACGAUGGUGUAAUAUACUGCAAAAACCGCAGAAUGAAAGAGAUGGAUGAGCGCUUUGGGGAUGCGUACUGCAUGAUCAUCGAUCGAGAAAUUGAAGUUCUCCAUGAACUUUCCGUGAGACUAUUAGAGCACGAAGAUGCCAUCUUGGCCGCUUCUGACGUCCUCGGGGAGUUGGACAGUAUUCUCGCCUUGGCCAUUGGCUCCAGGAAAUACAACUGGGUCGCCCCAAGAAUGACAACGGAGAAUGUUUUGCACAUUCAAGGUGGUCGACAUCCUUUGCAAGAGCUUGUUGUACCUUCUUUCGUGUCCAAUGGUUGCCAUCUGAGGGCUGGUGACGGCGCUGAGGUUGAGAAUCCGCGUUCCGACGGCUCAUCUGCCUCACAGAAUUCCAAAGAUGCGCCGAGCACACUUGUUCUUACAGGACCAAACCACUCAGGGAAGAGUGUGUACCUCAAACAAGUGGCUGUUAUUGUCUAUCUCGCACAUAUCGGCUGCUUUAUACCUGCAGAGCGGGCGACAAUAGGCCUGACAGAUCGAAUACUCACACGUAUUGCUACCCGCGAGAGCGUUGUACGGCAGGAGAGCGCGUUCGCUAUCGACUUGCGUCAAGCAGCAUUCGCCAUUAACUUUGCAACACGUCGAAGUCUCAUUCUGAUUGAUGAGUUUGGCAAAGGAACAGAUUCAGCCGAUGGAGCAGGACUGGUUACGGCCCUGUUGCAUCAUUUUACUGUAUUGGGUUCUGAAAGACCCAAGUUGCUCGCAGCCACGCAUUACCAUGAGAUUUUCGAAGGCAAUUUCCUUUCAGAGUCUCCUCAUUUGUCCUUUGCGCAUAUGGAUGUCCACAUAGACUUUGAUGCGUCAAACGCAGAAGAUCAAUUGACCUACCUCUUCAAGCUUAAGCCUGGAAGAAGUGUGUCAAGCUUUGGAAGCAGAUGCGCUGCCAUGAACGGCAUAGAUGGGGCUGUGGUAAAGCGAGCCGAAGCUAUCAUGCUGUUGCUAGUGCGCGGCGAGGAUCUCGAGGCGGUGUGCUCAAAGCUUUCAGUCACCGAAGAGGCCAGACUGGAAGAAGCCGAGUCUGUGGCUCGCGCGUUCCUGGAGCAUGAUAUCGAGGCUCCAAAGCCCAAAGGCAAGCAAGUCGAUGGUACCUAUCGAGCCACACUUGGGAAGAUACUUGUGGGGGGACCAUCAAUUUCAGAUAUACCAACUACAGCUGAUAAUGGUUGGUAA